AAAGCUCAGCCAAACGUUCGGGUCCACCAGCUCGCCGUAACUCGUAAACGACCCCAGUGGCCCAUCACACCCUCCGCCCACUCCCUCAAGCGCACGGCCACACCAUCCCCGACGACCACCAUGGCGGCCGCCUCCCUCUCCCGCCUCUCCCGUCGGGCCACCGCCGCCGCGGUGGCGCCCUCACUCCGCCGCCUCCUCUCCGCCACCUCCACGGCCUCUGCCUCCCCCGCCGUGCCAUCCACCCCGCCGCCCCCUAGCGCGGCCACCGCGGCGGCGGUGGGUACGGAUCGGGUCCGGUGGGACUACCGCGGGCAGCGGCAGCUGGUGCCGCUGGGCCAGUGGAUGCCCAAGGUGGCGGUGGACGCGUACGUGGCGCCCGAGGCCGUGUUGGCUGGGCAGGUCACCGUCCACGACGGCGCCUCCGUCUGGAGCGGCGCCGUGCUCCGGGGGGACCUCAACAAGAUCACUCUCGGGUUCUGCGCCAGCGUCCAGGAGCGCUGCGUCCUCCACGCCGCCUGGUUGGCACCCACAGGACUUCCAGCUGAGACACUUGUCGACCGGUAUGUGACAGUAGGUGCCUACUGUCUGUUGCGCUCAUGCACCAUCGAGCCCGAGUGCAUCAUUGGUCAGCACUCCAUCCUCAUGGAAGGUUCAUUGGUCGAAACGAACUCAAUCCUUGAAGCUGGUUCCGUUCUGCCCCCUGGAAGAAGGAUUCCAACUGGUGAACUCUGGGCUGGAAACCCGGCUAGGUUUGUUCGGAAGCUGACCAAUGAGGAGAUCAUGGAGAUUCCAAAGCUUGCCGUAGCCAUCAAUGAUCUGAUGCAAAGUCAUUUCUCAGAGUUCCUCCCGUACUCUACUGCUUAUUUGGAGGUGGAGAAGUUGAAGAAGUCGUUCUCAAUUCCUCUGUAAGAGCAUGCUUUCCCCUCGCCCGGGUAAAUGAAUGAGGAAAUAAAGGUGCCCAAUUACUAGAUGUUUUGUAUUGAGUCUAACUUGUACUCUGGGUUGAUCUGUUACGUCGUGAAAUUUUUGUUCAUUGUUGUGAGCUUGGGGACACACUUGGAGGAAUCAUGUCUUUGUAUCUGUUUACCCAAUGUAAUGCACUGUUCUCAGUAGUGCAUUUCGCUGCGUGUUCUUUCA